UAGAAAACUCCCAAACCGCAAAGAGCAUUCUCCAAGGGUGACUCACUCCAGCGUCAAACAUCACUGCUAGGUAUAAAUACCUACAAUAACACAGCCUCUAUUCAGUGCUUCCACUGGGAGAAGCAAACAAUUAAGAGGACCCAUUCCAGCUGUUUUGUUUCUUUAAACGGUUAUGAAGAUGAGGGUAGCCGUGUCGUUCCUGGUUGUGUGCCUGCUCUAUUCUUUGUGUGAAUGUCAAAAUAGACCUUCACCAGAGGAUCUUAAACAAAUAUCCCUGUCGGGAGAGAAGUAUUUAGACAAACACAUUGAAAACGCUAUCAAUGGAGUCAAGCAGAUGAAGAGACUGAUGGAGAAGUCUGGGGAAGAGCACAAGAAGUAUUUAAGCAUAUUAGAGAGAACCAAAAAGAUGAAGGAGGACGCACUAAAGGAUGCCCAGGAAGUCGAGUCAAAACUAAAUGCAGAACAGGAAGUGUGCAAUGAAACAAUGCAGGCCUUGUGGGAGGAGUGUAAACCAUGCCUGAAAAACACAUGCAUCAGGUUUUAUUCCAGGACCUGCAGCAGUGGCUCAGGCAUGGUGGGAAAAAAACUCGAAGAAUUGCUCAAUAGGACCUCUCCUAUUUCUAUUUGGAUCAAUGGAGAAAGGAUGGACUCUCUCCUGGAGGAAGACAAAGAACAAGAUAGGAGAUUCAAAGACCUUGAGGAACACUACUCAGAAGUUGCUGACGGGGUGGACGGGAUCUUUCAUGACAGUAUGAAGGUCUUUGAUCAGAUGCACUCCUCCUUUCACCGCCCGUUCUUCAGCGACUUUCCCCGGAUGCCAUCUUUCAGAAUGAAUUUCCCCAGCUCCAGGUUUCCCAUGUUCGAACAAGGUUUUCAUGGCAUGUUUCAGCCAAUGUUUCACAUGGCCCAGAGAAUGUUUGACUCGGCCAACCGACACAUGGAAAGACUGGGUCAAUAUGACACGAUGACACCUUCUUCAACAGAUGGAAAGGUCAGUGAAGAUGUCAUUGAAUACGGACAAAACAGAGGGGACCGCAUGACGUGCCGUGAAAUUCGACGCAAUUCCGCAGGGUGUCUCAAACUGAAGGAAGAGUGUGAAAAAUGCAAAGACAUACUGUCCAUUGAUUGCUCUGGGAAAAGGCCACUAGAAGGCCCCCUCAAGGAGGAGUUUGAGAAAGCCCUGGCCAUGUUUGAGAGGUUCACGAAAGAAUAUGAUGAGCUGCUGAAGAAAUUCCAACAGGAAAUGCUGAAUACAUCCAGCUUGAUGGACACCCUCAACAAACAGUUUGGAUGGGUGUCUACACUCGCUAACGCCACCAAGAGGCCAGGCGAAUUCUUCCAGAUUAAAACUGUGAUUUCCAGAGAAAGCCAGAACCCAGAUAACCCUGGAGACACCAAUGUUUCAGUUCAGCUGUUUGACUCCCCUCCAAUGACCUUCACCGUACCUGGUGAUAUCCCUUGGGAUGAUGCCAAAUUCUCCGAAGUAGUGGCAGAGGAGGCUCUGGAGCGCUACAAACAGAAUACUAUGCCUAAAUAAAAAAUACACAAAGGACUUGUUCAAGUAACUCAGCAGGAGGCGAGUCUCUCAGAGAAGGGAAAAUGAGAGAACAGCAAAACACAGCAUGAAAACUGUUUCAGGUAACACUGUUUAUAAUUGAAAGAGAACACAACACUAUGCAGGUUAAACGUUGAUACUGGAUCUUUAAAAGGUAUAAAAUAAAUAAAUCAAUAUCACACGCUACUGUAAUUGGACCCCAGGACAAAGCUACGUUUUUUAACAAUAGUCAAGGGAAGGUUAUUUAAAGGGGCUUUUAGAGCAUU